GAUAUAUGUUUAUAACCUCCGAACAUUAAUAAUGAUAAUGAUAAUUUCCUCAAAAAUAUAAAAUAAAGAUAUUAAUAAUUAAUAUCAACAAUAAAAAAAUAAUUAAAUAAAUAAAUAAAUAAAUAAAAAAUGUAAUUAACCAUCUUCAUCAUCUACCGCCAAUACUAAAACUAGCAAUACUAACAUUUCAUGACCCAAACACGACCCAACUUUGACAUCCUCCUCUUCUGCAGUUUCUCUCUCUCUCAACUUUCUAUUAUUAAUAUUAUUAUUAUUAAUUUUUUCAGUUUUCUCUUUACCUGUUUACUAAUUCAUUGUAAUAGUUAACAUACGUACACAAACCCAUACUUAUUUUGUUUGUUUUUUUUCUUCUUGUGAUCUCAAUUUUUGCUUAUUAUCUCUUAUUCGCUUCCGGAUCUCUCCAAUCGCGUGUUGAGCAGCUUCAGUUUUGGAUAUUGUUUUUUUGUUGAUUGAAGGAUGUUAAUGAAAUGAUGAAUCGAGGAGUUAAUAUGCAGACUAUAUCUUCUGUUGACUCCAAUUCGCUCGAGGCUCGAUAUACUGCCGAUGCAAGCCAACCACAUGAUUCUUCAUAUUUUCCGUCCACAACAGGGCCUGAAGCUGCUUCAUGGACCAUGCAUAGGGUGGAUAACCACUCUGCAGAAAAUGGGAUUCCCUCAGAUUCAACUUUUCAGCAUGAUCAACCAGCAGAGCCAUCAACAAGUAAUGUUCAACACGGCCUGAAUGCAACAUCUGUUGCUAGUUCAUCGACUUUGGCAUCAGCAAGUGCCUCACAAGACUAUAGUAGCUAUGCAUCUUACUCAAAUGCUACAGAUCCAUAUGGUUAUACUAGCACGGGAUAUCCAGGUUACUAUAAUGGCUAUCAACAGCAACUUAACCAUUCGUACUCUCAGCAGCAGCCUAACCACGCGUACUCCCAGCAGCAGCCUAACCACGGGUACUCCCAGCAGCAGCCUAACCACGCAUACUCUCAGCAGCUACCUAACCAUGCACAGCAGCAGCCUAACCAUGCAUACUCUCAGCAGCAACCUAACCAUGCAUACUCUCAGCAGCAACCUAACCAUGCAUACACUCAGCCUCUAGGAGCAUAUCAAAACACAGGUGCUCCUUAUCAGCCUCUUUCUACAUUUCAGAAUACAGGGUCUUAUGCUGGGACUUCAAGUUAUUCAGCCACUUAUUACAAUCCUGGUGAUUAUCAGACUUCUGGAGCUUACCCAAGUAACGGAUACAAUAAUCAGACUACUUUGUGGAAUGAUAGCAAUUAUGCAAAUUAUACAACGCAGCAGUAUUCAAAUUAUGCUUCAGACACAACAAGUGCUUAUAGUUCUGGUACUGCAGCUGCAACUUCAGUAAAUUACCAACAACACUACAAGCAAUGGGCAGAUUAUUACAAUCAAACAGAAGUGACUUGUGCUCCUGGGACGGAACACUUGUCUGUUUCUAGUACAUCCAAUCAGGGGACUUCAGCUUCUGGUGUUACUUCUGGAUACCCAAAUUCCAACAGCCAGCCUCCCUCAUCUUUUACACCCUCUUGGAGGCCGGAAUCUACUUCAUCUGAAUUGCCUUCUGUGCAGGGUGGGGCAGCAACUAGUGGUUCUUAUGAUAGCUACUGGAAGCAAGGGGCUUUGAGUUUUCAAAAUCAUCAAGCUAGUCCUAUGCAACCACAUUUUCAAAAAUCUUUGGAUUCAAAAACUUAUGAUAAUUUUCAGGAACAACAAAAGACUGUUCUGCAAGGUCCUAAUUCACAAUAUCCUGCUGCUCACCAGGUGCCCCAGAAUUAUCAACCUCCUGUACAAACACUUCCAUCAUUGGAUACGCGAAGGGUAAGCAAAUUGCAGAUUCCAACAAAUCCUAGAAUUGCUUCAAAUUUGGCUUUGGGUUUAUCAAAAACCGAUAAGGAUGGUUCUACAACCGGUGCAGCAGCAAAACCUGCUUAUAUUGCUGUCUCUAUGCCAAAGCCAAAUGACAAAGUGUUGGCUAGUGAUGUGGCUGAUUCCAUGCUUAAGCCUGGUAUGUUCCCAAAUUCAUUGCGUUUUUAUGUUGAGAGGGCUUUGAAACGUUGUCGAGAUCUCUGUAAAAAUGAUCCACAAACGAAAGCUUGUCAGGCUGUGAUGAAGGAGGUCAUUACUAAGGCAACUGCUGAUGGAACACUUCACACUCGAGACUGGGACACUGAGCCUCUUUUUCCAUUACCAAACCCUGAUUUUGCUGAUAAGGAGAGUUCACAAUUUUCAACUCCUGUUGCUUCAUUACCAAAGUACAAAAGGAGUCCAAGCAAAAGAUCCAAAAGUAGGUGGGAGCCUUUACCUGAGGAGAAAUCAGCCGAAAAAUCUGUUUCUGUUGGUAAUAAUAAUGUAAAAUAUGGUGGUUGGGAUAGACAGCCUGUAAGUGGGCAUCCUGAGAGCAAGGAUGAUGCUUUCACUAGCAUCAAGUUCUCUUUACCAGAGCAUAAAACGGUUACUAAAGGUGCACAAAGGCCACUUAAGAAGCAACGCCUUGCUGAUGGAUUUAAUAGUGCUGAAAAUGGUGAUGCAUCAAGUGAUAGUGAUAAGGAACAAAGUUUAACAGCUUAUUAUUCUGGUGCAAUAGCACUUGCAAAUUCACCAGAGGAAAAGAAGAAACGUGAAAAUCGCUCAAAGCGUUUUGAAAAAGGGCAAGGGCAUCGAUCAGAAAUCAAUUAUUUCAAGCCAAAAAAUGCCGGAACUGCAAACCUGUAUGGUAAACGGGCUAGUGCCCUGAUGCUUAGUAAAACCUUUGAUGAUGGUGGAAGUAGGGCUGUUGAAGACAUUGACUGGGAUGCACUAACUGUCAAAGGGACCUGUCAGGAAAUUGCAAAACGUUAUUUGCGUCUCACUUCUGCACCCGAUCCUUCUACUGUGAGACCAGAAGAUGUGCUAGAGAAAGCUCUGCUGAUGGUUCAAAAUUCUCAGAAAAACUACCUGUAUAAAUGUGAUCAAUUGAAGUCUAUUCGUCAGGAUCUAACUGUACAACGAAUAAGGAAUCAACUAACAGUUAAGGUGUAUGAAACUCAUGCUCGAUUAGCAUUGGAAGCAGGGGACCUGCCCGAGUAUAAUCAGUGCCAGUCACAGUUAAAAACCCUUUACGCUGAAGGAAUUGAAGGAUGCCAUAUGGAGUUUGCAGCUUACAACUUACUUUGUGUUAUCUUGCAUGCUAAUAACAACAGAGAUCUUGUAUCAUCAAUGUCAAGAUUAACAGAGGAAGCAAAGAAGGAUAGAGCUAUUAAGCAUGCCCUCGCAGUUCGUGCAGCAGUAACUUCAGGAAACUAUGUUAUGUUCUUCAGAUUGUACAAGAAAGCGCCUAACUUAAACACUUGUCUUAUGGAUCUUUGUGUUGAAAAGAUACGGUACAAGGCUGUAAGCUGCAUAUCCCGGUCAUAUCGCCCGACUGUACCUGUCUCAUAUAUUGCGCAGGUCUUGGGCUUCUCCACGGCAGGUGAAGAAAACGAUGAGGAGUCACUUGGACUAGAGGAAUGUGUAGAUUGGUUGAAAGCACAUGGUGCAUGCCUCGUGACAGAUAGCAAUGGAGAGAUGCAGCUUGAUGCAAAGGCUUCGUCUUCUAGCCUCUACAUUCCAGAGCCUGAGGAUGCUGUAUCCCAUGGAGAUGCUAACCUCGCUGUUAAUGAUUUUUUCACACGGACAUCGUUGUAGCCAGGGCAAUUGUAUCUAAUUGUAAGUAGUUGCAUUAGUAAGAAAUUCAUGGAGAUUUUGCAGCCCUCGACAGAGUGAUGUACAACCAGAAGAUAGAGUAUUUUGCAUGACUGGAAUUUAGAGGUCAAGCUUGUGAGGGGUUGCCUGUAACUUUAGCGAGAGUGGUUCACAGAUGUAUAAAUAUGCAACAGAAUGAAAAUAGAGCGAAAAUUUCCUUUAGAAAUGGUUUGCCUAGAAUUGAAGAGAGAGUGAGGUAGCAGAAUAACGUAAGAUGUAGACGACUGCCGUUUUGUCUUUGAUCAAUGAUUCAUUCUUUGUUGGGGAAAGAUGGAACAUGUUAAAUAUUUAGUUGAGGAGGAAGAAAAUAAGAACAAAUAGCAACUGUUGUAUGUUUUAUCAAUCAAAAAAUUCAAUGAUUUUUUUGAUA